AUGCUGUUACAUCGCCUGUUCGAGCGCUGCGCGCAGCAGCACGCGGACCGGGACGCCAUCGUGUUCCAAGACACCACGUUGACCUACCGAGACGUUAACACUGCCGCCAAUCAACUAGCUAGCCACCUCCGGCAGCUCUGCGGACCUGGACAGGGGGCCGAAAAUGGAGUGGUGGCUCUCUGCUUGGACAAGAGCCCAGGAAUGGUAAUCGCCGUCAUUGCCGUUCUGAAGGCCGGUAUGGCCUGGGUGCCACUUCCCGUGGCCGCUCCCCCAGCAUACAUCCAAAAGAUUUUGGACGCGACACAACCCCGCCUCAUCAUCGCAUCGCAAGCUACGCAGCAUGCCGUCAGUCAAGCAGACGGUCCUGCGAUCUUACCCCUUGACGAUGCCCCGACGGAAGCGGUCAUCAAAAAGCUCCCGGAUACUGACCUGCCGGUGGAGGACGAACACAUCGGCCCCGGCGCGCUCUGCCACCUCAUCUUCACCUCGGGAUCAACAGGCACUCCAAAGGGUGUCAUGAUCGAACACCGCGGGAUGGUCCACAGCAUCCAGCACCUAACCGAGAUGUUCGAGCUCAACCAAGACACCCGCACACUGCAGUUCGCGACCUACACAUUCGACCUCUUCGGUGGCGACGUGUUUAUGACCUUCCUCGCUGGCGGCUGCCUCAUCAUGGACACCCUAACCAACAUGAUGUCCGACCUACCCGGCUUCAUGCGCCGGCACGGCGUCACCUACUCCCAGCUCACGCCCACGGUAGCCUCGCUGGUACGACCCGAAGACGUGCCGAGCUUACGGCUGUUUGUCUCGUCGGGUGAGCCGAUGACGGACGAGGUGUUGCAGCGAUGGGGGCGCGACGGGAAUCACGGGGGCAGGAUUCGGCUGCUCAAUGCAUAUGGCCCGACGGAGACGACCAUUAUUUGUGCUGUGCAGGAUAUGACGAGGCCGGCAGGGGUUAUGAAGCCGCAGUAUGUUGGGCCCGGGCUACCGGAUUUGGAACUUGUUCUUGUGGACCCGGACCCGGACAGCGACGCCGCAGUGGAUGGAGAUGUUGCCCCGGGGACAGUGGGCGAGCUCUGCAUUGCUGGCGUGCAGUUGUUCCGCGGGUAUCUCGGCGAGCCGGCUCCGUCGUCGUCGUCGUCGUUCUUUUACCGCGGCGAUAAGCGCUUCUACCGCUCUGGAGACUUGGGAAUGUCGAUGCCUUUGAACCCAGAUGAUCCUGACUCUGAGCACACUAUCCAUCUGCUGGGCAGGCGGGAUCGGCAGGUCAAGGUGCAUGGCGUGCGGUUGGAUCUGGGCGAUGUUGAGAACGCCGUGGCCAAGUUUCCAUUCGCCAACCACUGCGUCACACUAGUGCCCCAAGCCGGCGUGGUUGAAGGGCGUCUAGCCGCUGUGAUAUCGUUACGGGACGGUCCCGGGGGACUGGGUACCGAGCCCUGGGAACAUGUGGCGGUAUCGACGACGGAAAGCAAAGGAUGGGACCUGUUACUGCCAAUGGCGGCCAGCCAGCAAGAUGUGCUGCAGCAACUUGUCGCUACGGUACGAGCGACGGUGCAGCCCCAUGCCGUCCCGAGUGCCUGGCUUGUCGUGUCGGAGUUUCCGUUGACGACGAGUGGCAAGAUUGAUCGGAUGGCGAUCCGAGGGUGGAUGGAUGCCAUCUCGGAGGAGGUUUUCGCACGGUCGGUGCAGGCUUGGACGAGCACCGGCCAGGGCGAGGUUAACAAAGCGAACGGGGACGUGGAAGGGGGCCAUCAAGAUGACGGAGAGGACGACGAUGCUACAAUGUCGCCUACGACGCGACAGUUGCAGCAACAACUCAUCGACAUGUGUAGCCGGGUGCUGGGGCUGCCCCCAGCCACGAUCAACCCGCGCGUGUCACUGCUACAGCUGGGACUUGACUCGAUGGCCGCCAUCCGGCUCGUGUCCAUGGCCCAUCGCGAGCGCAUCCACUUUUCGGUCCAGCAAGUGCUCGGCAACACCUCGGUGUCUCAGCUUGCGCAAGCCGUUUCCCUAUCGCCUGAUUCCUCCCGCUCGGCUGAGGACACCCGCGACGACCUAAGCACACACGACGACAACGAACCAUUCGCAUUAGCCCCCGUCGCCGCGGAGGAACUACCGGCCUUGCGAGCCUCCGUUGCUGAACAGUGCGGUGUGGAAGUCGACGACGUGCUGGAUAUCUACCCUUGCACCUUUGUACAGGCUGGUAUGAUGAUGCUAUCCAAGUACAUGCCGGGCGCCUAUGCCUCUGAGAUGCAGUUUGACUUCAGCCCGGAUGUGGACCGAGAUCGGUUGCGUCGCGCUUGUCAACAGCUGGAGAUAGUGGUGCUCAUCCUGCGCGCCAGGUUAGCCGGCUUGCCGGGCCCGCCUGGCUCUGCUGUGCAGGUUACCAUCCGGCCCGACGCAGCGACCGCCGGCGGUCGCGGUGACUUCGACAGCCCCAUGUCGUACGGUGACUCGCUCAGUCGGUUCCAAAUUAGGGAACCCAGGGAUGGCAAAAAGGGAUUCGUUCUUGCAUGGAAAGCCCACCACUCCGUGUACGACGGUUGGGCGAAAACCCUCCUCCUGCGCACGCUCAAGCGGCUCUACGACGCCGACGGCCAGCCCAUCAAUGACGAACCCCCCGCGCCGUCAUUCCGCUCCUUCAUCCGGCAUAUCACUGACGACACACACAACCGGGAAGCCGAGCACCUCUCCUUCUGGCGCGACUAUCUGGACGGUGCCACGGUACCAAACAUCCCCGCGAUACCCGCAGACCAAGCGCCGACUGCGUCGCUCCCGCCGCGCGAUCCCGAAGUCCUCAAGUACACCAUGGCCGUGGACAUAUUCUCCACCGCGCGCCAACACCGCGUCACCCCCAGCACCGUCCUGCUCGCCGCAACCCCCUUGGUCCUCGGCACACACGCGGGUUCCGACGACGUGACACUGAGCGUCGUGCUUUCCGGCCGCAACAUCCCCUUCGACGGCAUCGAUCGUGUCAUCGGCCCGGUGUUCACCGCAGUCCCGUACCGCGUGCGCUGGGACGACCGCUCCCUCACCGUGAGCGAGUUCCUCGCCACGCAGCAUCAAACGUCGAUCGACAUGAUCCCGCACGCCCAUUUCGGGUUUGCCAACAUCAGGAGAGCGAGCGAGAGCGCCGAGAAGGCUUGCCAGAUCCGGUGUACCCUAAUCAUCCAGCCGGUCGGCGGCGAUGACGUCGGUGCCCAUCCGGAUCUUGCGGGCUUUCUUGCGGAGCCCACCGACGGCCACAGUGCUGAGACGGUAACUAGCCCGCUGCAUAUUGAGUUUAUUCCGGGUGCUACCGCCAGCGAGGGGGUUCGUGUCCAGGUGAUGUUUGACUCGGCGUUGAUCUCGCGGACGGAGGUGCUCGGCAUGUUGCGGGAGUUGGAGCGGAUCAUAAAUCAGAUGGGGGCGGCUGCUGGGUCGGAUGGUGGUCCGUCGCCGGCUGUGGUGGAUGUUGUGGCGGAUGCGUUGGCGGAAAUUGAUGGAGGUUCUGGGUGA